AAUAACAAACCGCUACUUGAGGUAGCGGUUUUAAUAGCUAAACCGUUAUUCAAAGUAGCGGUUUUAAUAAAUAUUUUACACAACUACAUUAAAAUUAAAACAAAAAAAGAACAGAAGACCACUACCCACAUCACGCACCUCGACAUCAUCACUGGACCACCUCUCCAUCCCCACGAGACCACCACCCACAUCACGUCGCCGUCGUCAUCUCCAUCCUUCUACACACCAGAGGACGAACCAAUUCACGUCGCCACCACCAAUUGAUGAAUAAAUUGGUUUUCUGAUAUUUACCCCCAAAUUCAUAAGAUGACAUGGCAACCAUAUACCGAGGAGGUUCUUGCAUCCUUGCCUGAGAUAUGUCGAUCCGAUCAUAAUGUGAUGCACACUUUUGCGCCAUUGAUUUGCUUUGAUAUUGUGGAGUACCAUAUGCCAGUACGAGUUAUGCGACAGUUUGGUUUGGAGCAAACGAUCCCUACAACUCUUGACACAAGUGAUAAGUUGCAUAAGGUGGAUAAACGUAAGCGCAACAAAAACUAUGACAUUGUGCAUGAAAAGUAUAUAGAAGAAUGGCAGAAGCGUAAGGAUAGAGUAGUUUCUGGUCAUCCAUUUAGUGGUCGCACAUUGUUACAGUACAUGAAUUGGUAUCGGCGCAUCACUAGGACCAUCAUCACUCCCCCUACACAAAUCCGCCCUUCUACUCAUUACCAACCUGCCUCGACUGAGUUGGUGUUGUCACAUGCAUUAGGUGAUAUAGCCCAAAGGUGCAUGCGAAUUAUUGAGGCUGUUGGUGAUUUGCCUAUGGAGAAAGCAUUACCGUUGACUUUAGAAUCGUUUCGCACUAUAAAUGCAUAUUGUGCUGACACAUUAACAAGGGUCGAUCAACCUCACCUCCUCCAAGAUAGUGAAGUUCUUCAGUCACCCUCGGCCUCCACACCAUCUAGCUCCUCCUUGCAAAGUGUGUUGCACUCUCAAGCACCCCGCAAACGAAAACAUAGGGAUCUUCGUGGUCGAGGACGUGGACCUUCUUGUCAACUGAGCACAAGUUUUUCACCUUCAGUUUCUUCUCCUGCUUUGACUACUACACCUAUGCUCUCACCUAGUACUUUGACUACAUCUACACCUCUGCCCUCUUUUACUCCUCGACCCUCUUUGCUUGCAACCUCUAGUUCACCCUCGUUCACAUCCAUGUUGCCACAUAAUUAUUCUGGUAUUUCUACUCAUCAAGUAGCCUCUUCUACAGUUGUAUCUCCACCACUAGUUUAUGCUCGACGAACCACUUUUACUACGUCACCCAUUUUGGAAGUGGAUGAGUCAAAUUUUGAAACACCAUGACCAUUACAUCGUAAAAAACACCAUUAGAGUAGGAGAUGUAAAUUAUUUUGCUUCAUCAGAACUCAUUUUGGUAUAUUUGUAAUACUUGCUUUAAUUAAUUCAAUGUUAUUAUAAAUAUUUUGGUUUGUUUGUGGACAUUUGUUAUUGGUUGGAAUUGUUUUAAAUAGGUUAAUUGUAUAAGUUGUGUGGAUGUACAUGACAUGAUAUUGUUACAGGUUGCACAAAUGAGGGGAUGAUGCCUACAGG